UUCACUAAGCUAGCCGUUCAGGGUCGCGCAACAAAAAGCGCGGUUCUGUUUGAAGGUCAAACCAGAUGGAUCAGAAGAUUUUUAAUUAUUCGAAGAGGUUUACUGAUUCAGCUUGCGUAACAAAGGAUGGUAAAGUAACAUGUACAAAAAGUACACAUCUAAGCUUGUCAGAUCCAUUUCGUCGCUUUAUGAUUUUUGAAUGUUCACUAAUUCUAUUGGCACUAUGCAGUUUUGCUGUAAUUCAUCACAGGCAUAAACGUUUAGAAAGAAAGCUAAUGCAGAAAGUCAACUUUCAAAUUGCAGCUGGUGUUUAAUAUGCUAUCAUGAAUCAUGUAUGAACUUAUUUCUUACUGUGAUAAUUUCUUUGGUAAUUUUGUGUUUUAAAUGGAUGAACGGUCUGUAAUCAAAUGUUAUUUUUUCCUAAGCAUCGGACGAUGCACUCUCUGAUGUUUAUAUAUUUAGGUAUCUUUACAUUUGGUUAUCACACAAUGUAAACUUAAUUCAAAAAUAACUCUCAUGUUUAUAUGGUGAUCUGGUAAUAAUCUUGUAAUUGUUUAGUGUCACUGCAGCCUCUCAAAGUUCCCUUAUGUAGAACACGAGUUGUGAUGUGAUUGUAAUAAUCUAACAGAUAAGACAUUGUGCUAUAUAUCAAUCAAAUUAUUCACGUCUACAGCGUAGACCCAUCCUAUCUUAUUUGACGUUGAAUUACUUUGUGUAAGAUAGAA